CUCAUAGAAGCACAUGGUCUUUACUCAAAAGGCAGCACAAUUAAAUAUUAUUCCAGUGGGCGACAGAGACAGCAGAUUGUGUAGCUGUUAGUGUUUUCCAACCUUUCAGCAUUUUUUUCUAUUAAUUUCCGUCAGGAGGCGUCUCUCCCUCUGGAUAUCUCGUUGAAUGGGCCAAGACGCGCUGAGUCGAAGCAGCUGUUAUUGGGGUUCCCUGACGCGCUUCUGCCAAACGCACUUGAUCAUAUUUCAGAAAGUCCCUUUUUUAAUUUAGGGGUGGCUGGCUGGCUCUUGAAGAUCAGCUGUUGUCAGACGUGUGGUUGUAUGAUGGUUGAGCUGCUGUAGAGACGCUUCAGCAUCAUGAGCACCCAGAGCAAGAGGAUUCUGAAGUUUAUUCUGACAGCACUUCAGGCUUUGACUGUCAGCUGGCUGAUGUGUGACAAGAUUCACUCUGCAGAAGGAAAUCUUUUGGGUGUGGUUGUUGAACAAGGACCAACAGCAAAGCCAAAACAUUCUGAGACAACAGUGCCUCUUCAGCUUGUUGGACAAAAAUGGAAACCAGUCAGCGAACUCAAAUCCCAGAGUCACCCUGUAUCGCUGAAGCUCUCAGUGGAGGUGGAAGGCGAGCAGCUGGUCCUAGCUCUGGAGAAAAAUGAGGGGCUGUUUGCUGGUAACUAUAUGGAAACCCAUUACCUGGAAGACGGCAGUGCAGUCACAGGCCCUCCCAACUUCACGGCAAACUGCUACUACCAUGGAGAGGUGGAGGGCCACGUGGAGUCAGAUGUCAGCCUCAGUACCUGUGCUGGGAUUAAAGGUUUCAUAUAUCUUGGAGGCAGAUCCUACAUCCUGGAACCAUGUGCUGACUGCUCUGAUGGGAUUCACCGGAUCUACUCAGCAGAACACCUAAAUUUUGUUUCUGGCACCUGUGGUCAUGGUUUUAACAUUUCCCACCCCACCCUACAUACAGACAGCAGUCCAUUCAAGGCAUUCAAAACAAGACUUAAACGGCACCUCCAGUCAACGACCAAAUAUGUGGAGCUCAUCAUUGUUGCUGACAACAGAGAGUUUCAGAAACAAGGCAAAGACAUAGAGAAGGUCAAACAGCGACUGGCUGAGAUCGCCAAUUAUGUCGACAAGUUCUACAGAGCUUUGAAUAUCCGAGUGGCACUGGUUGGCCUCGAGGUAUGGAGCGACGUAGACAAGUGUCCCAUUACACAGGAUCCCUUCACUACCUUACAUGAAUUUCUGGACUGGAGGAAAGUCAAAUUACUGCCUCAGAAGCCUCAUGACAACGCCCAGCUAAUCAGUGGAGUGUAUUUCCAGGGCACUACUAUUGGGAUGGCACCCAUCAUGAGCAUGUGCACGGCAGAGCAGUCAGGAGGAAUUGUUAUGGAUCAUUCGGACAAUCCUCUGGGAGCUGCAGUCACUCUGGCUCAUGAACUUGGACACAACUUUGGAAUGAACCACGACACACCUGAAAGGGGAUGUGGUUGCAGAGUGACAGUGGAUCGUGGUGGCUGCAUUAUGACUCCAUCCACUGGGUAUCCAUUCCCAACCGUGUUCAGCAGCUGCAGCAAGAAGGACCUGAUGGCGAGUUUUGAGAAGGGAGUUGGGAUGUGCCUGUUUAACAUGCCAGAGCUCAAAGUGCUCUAUGGCGGGCAGAAAUGCGGCAACGGCUACGUGGAGGAAGGAGAGGAGUGUGACUGCGGAGAAGUGGAGGAAUGUAAUAAUCCCUGCUGCAAUGCUACUACCUGCACUCUGAAAGGUGAUGCUGUCUGUGCACAUGGACACUGCUGCCAGGACUGCCAGCUGAAGCCAGCAGGAACUCCAUGCCGUGAACCCAGUAACUCCUGUGAUCUGCCUGAGUUCUGCACAGGCAGCAGCCCUCACUGCCCUGCCAACGUCUACUUGCACGACGGCCACUCCUGCCACAACGUUGAUGGCUGCUGUUACAAUGGCAUUUGCCAGACCCAUGAGCAGCAGUGUAUCACACUGUGGGGCCAAGGAGCCAAGCCAGCUCCAGGGAUCUGCUUUGAAAGGGUCAACUCAGCAGGGGACCCUUAUGGCAACUGUGGCAAGGAUUCAAAAGGCGCCUUUGCAAAAUGCGAAGCACGAGAUGCUAAAUGUGGAAAAAUCCAGUGUCAAGGAGGGGCUAACCGCCCAGUUAUCGGCACAAAUGCUGUUUCCAUCGAAACAAAUAUACCCCUGCAGGAAGGAGGAAGGAUACUGUGCCGAGGCACACACGUCUACUUGGGUGAUGACAUGCCUGAUCCGGGCCUGGUCCUGACGGGGACAAAGUGCGGAGACGGAAUGAUGUGUUUGAAUCGACGGUGCCAGAACGUCAGCGUUUUUAGUGUGCAUGAGUGUGCAGCCAAGUGCAGCGGUCGUGGGGUGUGCAACAGCAACAAAAAUUGUCAUUGUGAGGCUCACUGGGCGCCUCCCUUCUGUGACAAGGCAGGUUUUGGAGGAAGUAUGGACAGCGGCCCCAUCAGACUUGCAGACAGCAGGAAUCUGACUAUGGGUAUCCUGGUGGCUCUUCUCAUGGUGAUGGUAGCUGCUCUCGUCAUCUGCAUCAAGAGGAAAACCCUGAUUGGCCUUUUGUUCACAAGCAAAAAGAACCCAAUGGAAAAGCUUAGAUCAGACAGUGCUGCAAUCAGCGGAACGUCAGCUUCUAAGCAGCACCCUUCUUCUCCAACCCGACCGGCCCCACCUCUGCCCCACAGUGCCACUAUCUUCAAGUCUCCUCAAAGGGGUUCAGAUGCAGGGCCCCCAUCGGCUCCUUACCCAUCCCACAGACUGCACAGACUCCCCCAGUGCCCUCCGGUUCACCUCAGCCACCCGGUCCCUCUGGCUCUCACGCUGUCCCUCACACCUGGGCCCCGGAAGCCAAGACCCCCAGUGCCUCCGCCCCACCAGGCCCCUUUGCCUCACACCCAAGUGGCACCCAGGGCGGCAUCAUUUCGCAACGCGCCACACCAUAACUCCUGCAGGAUGGUCAUGGAACUCGAGAAGCCUAGUCCUCCACAGAAACCUCUGCCUGCUGAUCCAAGGACCUCCCGACUGGUUCGAAGUCCAUCUGGUGUUCAGAGCAGCACUUUAGUCCGAGGCUCCUCUGCUGUGUGUGGCCCCGCAGCUGCACCUGUUCCCCCCAGACAUGCACGCCCUGUUCCACAGCCCAACAAGCCGAGUCCCAAGAAUCCUCCAACGCUACCAAAGCCUUGCAUCAUCGCCAACGUCAGAUAUAGCAGCUGAGACUUUGACCAGAAGGGACAGUUUUUUGUAACAGAAACAAAAUUUUUAAUAAUUGCACUAUAAAAACUCUGAGAAGCUCACUUUAAAAAAUGGCGGAGGCACCCUGGAGUUGUGAACCAUGAGUUUUGCCGUUUGGUGCUUUGCCUCAGAAUGGUGCUAUGAGUCUGCGCUCAGGUAGAUGUAAAGUAUUUAUAACUGUGUAUUUAUUGCCACCCAGUGCACUGUGCCAGACACUUUUACUACAUGGUAACCACUUUGGCUCUUUUUUAUUCCACUAUUUUAUAUUUACGCUGAUGUUUUUUGAAGUAGUAAAAAAUAAAACAUGUUUGUGAACCAUUUA